GCCACGCACGAGGACGAAGAGCAACCGAACGACAAGCGAUCGAUCGCGUCCUUUUCGAUCAGAAGAUCAGAGCUGAUAGAUGGCGCACGGGCAGGAGUCGUCGCCGACGCAGGCCGCCGGCGCCGGCACCGCAGUGCUGUGCGCGAACGGCUGCGGGUUCUACGGGAACGCGGCGACCGAGAACAUGUGCUCCAAGUGCUACCGCGACCACCUCAAGGCCACCGACAUGGUUGCCCCCGCCGUCGAGGGGAAGACGAUGGUCAAGGCCGACGACGCGGCCAACCUCGCCUUCAACCUCAAGACGUCGCUGAGCCUGCAGGAUCACUCUGCAGCUGCCGCCGCCGAGGUGCCGACCGCCGAAGCGCCGGCGAAGAAGCCGACCAGGUGCAUGGCGUGCAAGAAGAAGGUGGGGCUGCUGGGGUUCGCCUGCAGGUGCGGUGGCACCUUCUGCUCGCUGCACCGCUACGUGGACGGGCAUGCGUGCGACUUCGAC